UUACAAAAGAUUACCAAACGUUUCUGUUUAAAAUUGGAUGAUUUUAAUGGUCAAGUCUAGUUGAUUGCGAAACACUUCCUCUGGCGAUCAAAGAUGCGGCUCAUAAUGCUAUGUUUGCUGUUUAUCAACCCAGGUUAUUCGCACUACUACAGAAACUACAGCGACCAAGCUAAUUGCCGUAUACCACUUGGGAUGGCGAGUGGAGCGAUAAAGAACGAACAGAUCACAGCAUCAUCAGUUUAUAAUGAAGAAUUCUCAAAAUUUGGAGCACAUCGGGCUCGACUCAAUUUAACGAGAGGUUACAGAGCCGACCGAAAACAAAGCGGCGGUUGGAUUAAAGUGGAGUUAGAGAAGCAAAUGGUGAUAACUGGAAUUGCUACUCAAGGAUACGGCGAUCCUCGAGUUCCCGAAUGGACCGAACAGUACAUGGUCAUGUAUUCAAACGGCGGAGAUUAUCUGUACUUUCAAAACCUGGAAGGUGACUUAAAAACUUUUACUGGCAACAAGGAUAGCAAUAGCAUUAGACGAAACGAGUUUCCACUUCCUCAAAUUGCAACGUCCAUCAUGCUUAUGGAGUCUGGAGUGCAUGAAAACUUUGCAAUCAGGAUGGAAUUAUAUGGCUGUGAACCUGGUUAUUAUUUCGUGGUUUGGCUUAUGCUUGGAGAUUUUAGCUUUUCAACAACCUAUCUUGAUAAGCAAGAGGUGGAAUACCAAGCUACAUCAGACGGCGUCGUGGACGAGGUGGUACUUGCUCUGAAAGGAACUCCUGGUUUCUUGUUUGCUAGUCUGCUACAGUUUAGCCCACAGGCGUUCGGUGCCGAGAUAAAGCUCAGAGCAGAGUUGAACAUCAAAUGUAUUGAAGCCAGCGUGCACGGUAUAACAGCUGCUCUGACAAGCUUCAUGCAAAUGCACCCAGGGCUGUUCGACACGCAUUACAUCAAACUGCAGUACCCUUUGGAUUAUAACUGUCGACCGCCUGACGUACAUAUUCAUCUUAACAAAACGUACAGAAAGGCAGCAAGGAUAACAGCGGUUGAUAUGUUUGUAAUCAUUGGAGAAGUUACUACUCACUGCAACUCUUCCUCUUCUUUGUUGCUUCUGUCAUGGGAAAGGAGCAAGGUGAAUAAAGAAAGCGGAGCAUUCGCUGUGGGUCCAUCCUUGGAUAAAUUUAGAGGCUCUAAGAACCUUACUAUCGAACCAAGGACGCUAUCUCCUGGCUUAUACUACUUUAGACUAGUAGCUGAAAUGACUAAGGAGGAAGGUGCUAUUGAUUCUGAUUUUGGUUUUCUAGAAGUGGUGUUACCAGACAUUGUUGCUAAGAUUCGUGGGAAGAACAAAGUAGUUAAGGGCACAGGCAAAAUUAUUCUAGACGCAUCAGAUUCUUAUGACCCUUAUGAAAUGGAUCUGAAAGACCAGGGAUUGGUCUUUACAUGGCUCUGUCGAAGGGAGGAAGAAGAUUUCUCGAACAUUCAGUUACUUCCAAUCGACCAAUCUAAUGGAAGGGAUAAGGUCCUUGGAGGAUGCUUUGGAUAUGGUGUCGGAGAGUUGAAUACAACAGAACCUACGAUCGAGAUCGAUGUCAGUGGAAUGAUUUCGCAGAGUAGUUAUGUUUUCAAGGUUAUUGUUCAGAAAAAUAACAGGAGUUCCUCUGCCAAUCACACUCUAUUGAUAGAGUCGUCCAUUUCCUUUGCUAUCAGGUGUAAAACCAAUUGUGGUGAUAGAGUCACCGCCAGUAAGCGAAUGGUGAUCGAGUCCACAUGCACAGGGCUCUCCUGCAAAACAAUCAAGUCGUAUAACUGGACACUUUACAUGAUCGACCCUUGGAGUGUUAAUGAAACGUGGGUAGAAGAAAAGUUGGGGGAUAACAUACUCACCGAACUAGACAGUCCAACUCUGGUGUUCAAAGGGAAAUUAGACCAGUGGGAGAAUUCUCUAAAGGAUGACAGAACCUACAGGCUAAGAGGCAUAGUUUAUCUGACAGAUGGCACUACGGAAGAGAGCGAGAUCUCUUUCAGAACUAACUCAGCUCCUAAUCAUGUCGAUUUUCCUGGCUGUAAAGUGAAUCCGGAGAUGGGGCAUGCAGUGACCACGGAGUUUUUCAUUUCCUGUGAUGGGUGGUAUGAUGAUGACUUACCUCUCAGUUAUGAGUUUAGCUAUCACACAAACACUGGUUCUGUGGUUAUACAAAAAGGAUCAUCACCGAAUGCAACCACGAGACUACCUCUAGGGGAUCCACUACACAAUUAUGCGAUAGCAUUGGGGAUACAGAUUUUAGAUUCCCUUGGAGCGAGUACGCUGGAAAUCCACGUUGCCAUGGUUGAGGCAAUGCCCUCCGAGGAUGUUUCUGGAACCCUGAUGAAUAUGGCCAGUGGGGAAGAAAGCCCUUUAGGUAAUCUCCUCAAAUCAGGUGAUGUCGACAAAGCCGCCACAAUGGCGUAUGCUGUACUGUCCAUGGUAGACACAAGCGAGGGAAAGAUGGACAGCGAUCAAAAGAUAUCUUUAAAAGAUACCAUAAUCGGGCAGAUGUCCCAUGUUAAAGUUACCAGCCUUGAACAAGUCACACAGAUGGCAGCAGUGGUUGCCCUGGCAACGGAGCAAAAAGACGAAAUCUCAACUCAGUCGCAGGAGAACGCCGUAAACCUAUUAGAGAACACGGCCGACUUCGUUUCCUCUCAGCUAAGUUCUGGUACUGCGGAUCCUGAGGCCCUUCAAAACGUCGGCUUUAGUCUUCUAUAUGGCAUAUCCAACGUCAUGAGUGCUGCAUCCACGCGUGCUAAACAAGAGGAGGUAGAUGAAAACGAAGGUGACGAAAGUGUGGUGACUGAAGAGUCUAUCAAAGAAACAAACAAGGAGAAGAAGAAAGAUAACAAAGAAAAGAGCAAGAAAACGGCGGAAAAAACUCUCGAAUUGAUGGAUAAAGUCGGCUCAAGCCUGUUGGGCACUAAAACAGUUGGGGAGAAACCAAGCGUAUUUAAAAGCAAGUCCUUAAAAAUGAUGCUGGAUAGGCAGGUACCGUCAAAAAUUGGCGGCAAAAAACUCGACGACGGAGAAGGGGAGAGUGGUGUGGCAUUGCCUUCGGCUGCCACCUUGUUUGGAGACAGUGCUGAAAGUCUUCCUUCUGUCGACUCGCAGAUGCUUUCCUUUACGGACAAUCCUUAUACUUGGGAUGCAAGCUCUAACAACAUCAAGUCUUCGGUGAUUGAUUUCUCUUUGAAGGCUGCUGACGGAAGUGCAUUAGAAGUGUCUGGUCUACCGGAACCGGUAGAACUUUUCAUACCUCAGAAAAAGGACAAUGAAAACAAAGGCAAUGAAACAGCGACAGUAUAUUUUGCCAAACCAAGCGAUGGCUCCAACAACUUACGCUUUCAUCAAGUGGUGGUUCCAUUAGAAAGUUCUUCCAUGAUCGUCGAAGUGAAACCGGAAGAUGGAGUCUCCCUGGAGAUCUACGUCAGGCCCAAAAACAAACCAACAGUAACGGAGUACAGUUUUAGUGUGAUUCUCCCCAAAAUCGAGUUCUGCAACUCGACGGACACCACCUUAAACUGUAGCUCAGAAGCGUACAAGUUCAGCAUAAGCAGUGCACUGACUGAUCACGUAGGAUUACAUUAUGUGGGGAUCAGAUAUCCAAGACCAGAAAGCGACCCUACAUCGUCCUCAAAGGUUGAAGUUGAAAUGGUAGCGGAGCGUGUCAGAAGAGGAUGUGAGAGUCACGGCGGUAGGCAGAAACGGUCUUGCAUUGGUGUUAAGACUCCCCCAACCACCCCUCCCCCAAAACUUCAGAUACUGGUACCAAAGUAUAAUGCAAGUACAGACGUGAAUUAUACGAUGUCUGUGACGGCUACCUCAUGUUUGUACUGGUCUGAAACAAAGCAGACUUGGACAGGUGAUGGCUGUAAGGUGGGACCUAAGACGGUCGCCAGAAAUCUUCACUGUCUCUGUACCCAUCUAUCUGCUUUUGGUGGAGACUUCUUCGUUGCACCGAAUCCUAUCGAUUUCGACAAAGUCUGGGCCGAAUUUGGCAAUUUGGCGGAAAGUGGAAACUUUGUAGUACUGGCUACAGUUUGUUCCCUAUUUGGACUUUACUUCGUUGGACUUGUGUUCGCUAGAAAAUCGGAUAAAAAAGACGAAUUGAAGGUCGUGGCUAAUGUGUAUUUGACUGAUAAUACUGACGAUGGGUACCUCUAUGAAAUCUCCGUUCAGACCGGAAUGUGGAAAGGCUACGGGACUACUGCAAACAUUGGCUUGAUUAUCUAUGGAGAGCUUGACACCACUCCCCCCUUACCAUUGUCGGACCCGGGAAUGGAUAAAAUUUUCUUCGCCCGGGGGAGCAUCAACAACUUCACGCUGUCUGUGCCAGAAUCGCUUGGCAAUUUGGUGAAGAUUAAGAUUUGGCAUGACAAUAGCGGCAGGAGUCCUGCUUGGUUCUUCCAACAGGUGCAGAUCGUCGAUACACAAACCGGCGAAAAAUGGAAUUUUCUUGGUAAUCGCUGGUUGGCUGUAGAAAAAGGAAGCGGCCAGAUAGAACUAGAAGUUAAAGCUGCUGACAAAAAAGAACUUGCUGGAUUUAGAAAUUUAUUCUAUUCGAGGACUGCACGGAGCCUGGGUGACGGUCAUUUGUGGUUGUCGGUUUUUACCAGGCCUCCACAUAACACGUUCACUCGUUGCCAGCGUCUUACGUGUUGCUUGUCGAUUUUAUUCGCCACUCUUGUAACAAACGCUAUGUUUUAUCAAUUUGAUAAAGCACCAGGAGACACUUUUCAAGUUGGGCCACUGAAAUUAAGUUGGAUACAGAUCAAGAUCGGAAUUCAAAGCAGUAUCAUCGCCAUUCCAGUAAACGUAUUAGUUGUUACGAUCUUUAAAAACAUUAAACAUCCGCCUCCUGUGGAUGCUCGAGGAUCCAAUAAGAAAGUGCCCGGCUGCCUUCCUCAUUUUUUUGUGUAUGUAGGUUGGACUCUGUGCCUGCUCACCUCCUUAGCAGCAGGUGCUUUCACCGUAUUUUACAGCUUGAUGUGGGGUGCGGAAACAUCUAACAAAUGGCUCACAUCAAUAAUGAUUUCAUUCUUUCAAGAUGUUAUAGUCACGCAGCCAAUCAAAGUUGUCUUGAUUGCAUCUUUACUAUCGUUGAUUAUUAAAAAGCCUCCGGAGCAGGAAGAAGUAAUUGGCUCAUCUAUGUCAAGAAGCAGUGGAAAAGACAGCCAGGUAUCCGCACCUCACGGUGAAGCGCUCAGAAAAGCGCGUGAAUUCCAGAGCAAAGUGUUGGAAAUGUUCAGGACGAUCAUCGAAAUGGUGUUUUUCUUUUUAUUCAUUGCUCUCCUGAUGGUGGUGUGCUAUGGCAAUAGAAAACCUACCAGGUUCAUGUUGACUACAGAGUUGGAAAAACGUUUUAGUGGCUUUGAUAAGGUGCAUAACCCAGACACCUUCUGGACAUGGACAAGAGCGAUACUGGUCCCAGGACUGUACAAUGUGGCGUGGUACAAUGGAAAACCCUUUGAGUAUGAGGAGGGCUUCAUCAGCAGCAGAGAAGCCUUUAUGGUGGGGAUGCCGCGACUGAGACAGGCUCGCAUAAAGCCAGAUGUAAGAUGUGCAGUGGAGCUAAACCAACCAGAAUUGGCGCAUCGGUUCGGUCGUUGCCUGUCUGCGUACGUCGACAAGGUUGCAGACUCUACCUUUUUUAAUCAGCCGGGUUGGUUUCCGGUUGAGAACACCAGUGUAGCUCUCUCCAUGUUUGAGUUGUACGACAUGUGCCCCAGGCCCUGGCGUUAUCGUACGGCAGAGAAUUUAACCACUCUCUCUGUGCAGGGUCUUCAAUCCUCUUAUGGAGGUGGUGGUUUCGUCGCCGACCUCGGUUAUAAUGCCAAGUCUGCUCUCGAGGUGUUGGAUGGCUUGCAGAAAAAUAAUUGGAUUAACGAAUUAACAGCAGCAGUCUUCGUUGAAUUUACAAUUCAUGAACCAGCGACUGCUUUAUUUAGCGUUGUGAAAUACUUGUUUGAGCGUUUGCCAACGGGUGGUUACAAUACCGAGACAAGCAUCAAAACGUUGACGCUGUACGCUUCACCUGAUUCUGCUUUUGGGUCUUUUUAUCAGCUCUGUCAGCUGCUUCUGAUGUUGAUCAUUCUGUUUUUCUUCUUCGCUGAAAUCGGUAAAAUUUAUCGCCAAAAAUGCGGCUAUUUUAAGCUGUUCUGGAACUGGAUGGAACUACUUCAGAUCUUUGGUGCCGUCGCUGCUAUUGUUAUGUUCUUCUUUAAAGAAAUGUACACCAGUAGAUAUGUCAAACGCGUGCAAAAUAAUCCUUUUGAGACUUCGAGUACUGAUUACAUCGUACUAUGGUCAGAACUUGAAAUUUACUUGUUGGCUUUUGUUAUUUUUAUCGUGACAAUGAAGUUUUUAAGACUUAUUCGUUUCAAUCGUCAUAUCUGCCAAAUGAUUGCCACGAUACAGAGAUCUGUUAGUCAUUUGUUUUCGUUUUUUGUUGUGUUCGUUGCAAUCAUUCUCGCCUACACACAACUCGGAUUGCUUGUUUUUGGAAGCAACGUUCCCGCCUACUCCUCUUUCUUUCAAGCUAUGCGUGCUGUCUGCCAGAUGAUCCUUGGGGGCGAGUCUCACUUUCAUGAGCUUAAAGCGACCAGUAGGUUUGUUGGACCCCUUUUUGUGUUUUGUUACAUGCUGAGCAUGUCCAUGAUCAUGUUGAACAUGUUCCUUGCCAUACUCAACGACUCUUACGAAGAAGUCAAAGAUGUAGAAGGAGACAGUUUUGCUGACGCAGAGCUCGGUGAGUUUAUGAAAACUUAUUUCGAAACACGGGUCGGUCACUUUUGUGAUGAGUUAACUGCUUACUUCAAGAAGAUGAUGAGCUUUGCGCAAGCAAAGAGAAGACCUAAGAUUCAAGAUGUUGAGAGUUAUGUUAAAGUUCCAACUGAUUCAAUCGACGGACUCGACAAAGUUGAUGGCAUUGAAGUGGGCGAUGAGAUUGUUAAAUUAGCUAAAAUCGUUUCAAUGGAAGAUCUAAGUGACAGUGAAGAUGACAUCUCCGAGGCCCUGAAAGAUGUAAAGCAUAAUUUAUCUGAUAUCAAUGAAGAAAUAAGACGUUCGAUUUCCCUACUUGGAUCCGAUACAAACCUUAAGACUCUCAACAAAGAUCUCAAAUGCUCGUGCGAGGACAACAGUUAUCCAUACUUCGGCAACAUCUGGGAACGCCAGUACGAUCCUAAUGAUCGUUUCCGUAGAAGGAAAACUCCAUACACGGAGCCUUUGUUAGCCGAGAUUUCAAUGGAUCACCUCGAGGACCCACAUCUAAAGGGUGACGAUGGAUAUAAUAACAAUGAUAGAAACGGGUAUCCAUACUUCACGAACAUCUGGGAUAGACUUAUAGAUCCAAACGAUCGCUUCCGUAGGAGAAGAAGGCUGAGAACUCCUCAGCGAGAGUCUCUGUUCGACGAUCAUUUACAGGAACAGACAGAGGAAGUUGAUCUUGGAGUUGGUGAGGAAGGCGACAGGUUUGACUCAGUGAGGCUUGAGGAGCAUUCGACGCCUGAGGUAAUGUCGAACAGCACAACGAAUAGUAAUCUGUUAGAUGAUAUCCAAGAAAGUUUUGUGUGAAGGCCAUGAUCUCGGCAUAUACUUUAGGCUAAGGCGUUGACAGGCUAAGGUAGUGCUGAAAAAAACCAAAACUGUACCAGAAAGAGAGUAUGUGCAAAUGUGCAAUAAUCUUACUUUAGGUUAGUGGUCUUAGGACAUUUCUCCAAAAUGGCGGCCAGAAAUUAAAGUAAUUGAACAUCUGUGAUAAAAAAACACAGUGGUUUGAUAAAAUUUCAUCGAGUCAGCCAAUAUUUUAGCAGAGAAAAGUGAUUUGAAUUUAAUAUGUAGGUAAAUAUAUGCAGACAAAAGUUAGUUAACGUGUAAAUAAAUGAGAACAAACUCACUGGAGAACUGGUGGUAAAAUUGAUCUCUUUAGGAGGAAGAACGACUCGUGAAUGAAAACUUAAGACAACAUGUUUUAGGUUUUUAGUGGUUUUUGAUUGAGCGUAGAAAAACAAAAUCUCAGCGAUCUCAACGACCAAUUGACACAAAAGGAGAAAUCACAGGGAGCUAUUCUAAUGGCAAACGAGAGUCAACAAGUGUCUUGAUUGGCUUGAAUUUUUCUUUUGAUUGGUCCGUAGGUAAGGGUGACUUUUUUAAACCAAUCACAGUAGGUGGUGAAGCAAACCCAAUGCAUUCAAGGGUUGCUUUCUACACUCAAUUGAAAAUUGCUUUACGCAAUCUUAGUGUAUACCGUAGAUCGUGUCGACAUAUCUUUGGUGAACUAAUGUUCUGUUUCAGCCUAAAAAAGACUGAGGACUCAAAAUGUAUCUUGUAAAACUCAUAUACCCUCACUGGAUCUCCUUCCUCAGCAGCUAAGUUUGAAAUGAAAUAGCAUCUCCUAAGUAACAAUCUGUAACUAUAAUACAACCUACUCUAGGAAAUAGGUGUAUUAACUGUACAUAAGAAAAAAAACAGCAUAUAAAAACCUCUUAAGAGAACCUAUCGCUAGACUCUAGUGAAUUUUCAUGGAAUAGAUUGAUUUCUGGUUGAUCGCUCGAUAUUUUGAAAACUACAUAUAAUUCGUUUUUAUAAAAUCUUUUUGUUGUCCUUUGGGACCACUGAGAAAAGUUUACUUUUGUACUGUAAAAACGUUCUUGAAAAGAUAAUUUUCAACUUACCAUUCGUUGCAUAUUCAAUGAAGAGUACGGGGGAUAGAAUAUUGGGUUAUGCUUUCAUGAUCAACAAGACUCAAAUAAAUUGAGAAUUUUUUUGCA